CAAAAAAAAAAAAAACAUUUAAUAUACAGACAGUUAGUGGCCCCCACACACUAGAUCGAUCUACUUCUGAAAUUCCAUAUCCAACAGCCCUCAUUUCACCUGCCCCACAAAUCUAAAUCUCCACCGUCCAUUCAGAUCCAAACUCCCCCUCUCUCAUCUCUCCCAAUUCACCCAAAAACACAGUCCCCCCAAUCCCACUCCAGAUUUCUGCCCAAUUGCAAAACCAAUUCACACACACUAAUCACCAUUACUACACACACACAUAGAUUUCCGCCCAAUUGCAUAAAAAUCCAAUCUUUCGAUUUAUUGUAAUGGUGGAGGCACAGUCUUGGACGACGAGAAGAGGCAGCAACCCGCGUUUCGAAUCCAACAGCGACCAGGUAUUGGAUAUUCCGGCGACCCCAACCGCCGAAAUCCGCCACCAGAGCCACCCGUCUCUGAUCUCCCCCACCGUGCUCACCGCCGCCAUUAUCGCAUCUUGGUACUUCUCCAACAUCGGCGUGCUCUUGCUGAACAAGUACCUCCUCAGCUUCUACGGGUACAGGUACCCAAUCUUCCUCACAAUGCUCCACAUGCUAUCCUGCGCCGCCUACAGCCUCUUCGCCAUUAAAUGGCUCGAGGUGGUCCCCUACCAGCAGAUACACAGCCGCCGCCAGUUUUUCAAGAUCCUUGCUUUGAGCGCAAUUUUCUGCUUCUCAGUUGUUUGUGGAAAUACCUCACUGAGGUACCUCCCCGUUUCUUUCAACCAAGCGAUCGGCGCCACCACCCCGUUCUUCACCGCCAUCUUCGCCUUCGUGAUUACGUGUAAGAAGGAAUCCGCCGAGGUUUAUUUAGCGCUCGUCCCCGUUGUUUUAGGCAUUGUUCUUGCUAGUAACAGUGAACCCUUAUUCCAUCUUUUUGGAUUCUUGGUCUGCGUCGGAUCGACGGCCGGGAGGGCGUUGAAAUCGGUGGUGCAGGGGCUUUUGUUAACCUCCGAAUCGGAGAAGUUGCACUCGAUGAAUCUGUUGCUGUACAUGGCUCCAUUGGCAGCCAUGAUUUUGCUGCCGUUUACUUUGUACAUCGAAGGGAAUGUGUUGGCUUUGACCGUCGAAAAAAGCAGGGGAGAUGGGUUCAUCGUGUUUCUAUUGAUCGGAAACGCGACGAUCGCUUAUUUGGUUAACUUGACGAAUUUCUUGGUCACGAAGCACACGAGCGCUCUGACAUUGCAAGUGUUGGGCAACGCCAAGGCGGCUGUGGCCGCCGUCGUGUCGGUGUUGAUAUUUAGGAAUCCGGUUACGGUUAUGGGUAUGAUGGGAUUUGCGGUUACUGUAACGGGAGUUGUUCUUUACAGCGAAGCGAAGAAGAGGUCUAAAGGCAUACCUCAUUGAUAAUAAUAAUAAUAACAAUUCUUGAUUUUCGACCGAUGGAGGUUCGUUCAUCUGAUUUUUGAAUGAAUUUAUUUUUGGGAUUUCGACGUUUCUAUUGUAUAGGAAGAUGGGGUUGAGCGAAAAAGAAUUCUGAGUUUUUUUUUUGGCUUUACGUUUCCGGGAACUGUCAUUUUUUGUAUGUUCUUUGAACAUAAUUGGGAAAUAUUUUACGACUCGAUUCUUUUGAUAUUGUUGCUUCGGUUUGUACAAUUGUCCUUCACACUACUUUCAAUGAACAUUUUUUUCUAUUGCAUGCAA